UACCUAUUUUUUUACUUCGAGCUGAUUUACAACAUCUAUAUCAAAUUUUGGAAAAUUGUUUCUCCAGGAAGAAAUGGGAAACAAGCAAGUAAAACAACAUUUUGAGAAUGCCCAAAAAACUGGAGUGCUUAAAAUUUCUCAAAUGAGGCUUAAUGAAUUUCCAUCAGCUUUGAAAUCGUUUCCAAAUGUUUUAAAAACUCUAGAUUUGUCGGAAAAUCGUUUCGCCGAGUUGCCUGAUGACAUAGGGAAAUUUACAACUUUGAAACACUUAUGUGUUAGUGGAAAUAGGCUUCUUUCCCUGAACGACAACAUCGGAAAACUAGUAAAACUUGAAACAAUGAAUGCGUCAAAUAAUUUAAUUGUUAAAAUACCUAAUCAACUGGAUCAAUGCUCGAAUCUAAAACAGGUUUUAUUGAGUAAUAAUCAAAUAAUGGAGUUUCCUGUAAUGCUUUGUGGCUUAAAGUACUUGAACUUACUAGAUUUAUCCCGAAACAAGAUAACAAUUAUUCCAGACGCCGUUAGCAGUUUACAAGUCACUGAACUAAACGUAAAUCAAAAUCAAAUUUCGGUAAUUUCGGACAGUAUUUCUCGCUGUCCCAAAUUAAAAACAUUGCGAAUAGAAGAAAAUUGUUUGCAAGCAAAUGAAGCUAUGUCACAUAUUUUAAGUGACUCAAAAAUAUGUAACAUUUCUGUUGAUGGGAAUCUUUUUAGUUCGAAAGAUUUUGCAGCAUUGGCUGGAUAUGAAAUGUAUAUGGAACGAUACACGGCAGCACGGAAAAAAAUAUGUUAAUUUGAUGUGAUAUAAGAAAAUUUAAUUUUAAUUUAUUGUCAUUUAUACAUUCAAUUGCUAAUAAAAAAACUAAAAUGCUUU